CGCAGACAGGCUUUUGAAAUACUGACUUCGUAGUCACUCAACCAGGAGGUGGCUUGGGCACAAGGACCAGCCAAGGAUUGUGCCCGCCGCUUCUUGAAGCCCUAUUUUGCGAGUUCUUCCCCUCUUCCUUUACGGAAAAGAGGUCUUCCCCAUCCGAUACAGUGAGGACAUUCCUUGUUCUGAGUCUCGGAAAGUGAUGGCAAUUUCUGCAUUCGAGGUGACUAGCGGACGGUUGGCGGUGCCUUCUUAUCGCGGUUUGUGCUGCGCGAGUCUUACCGGCUCGCGGCGGCUGGGCACGGAUAUGGCAGAAAACCGCAUUUCGUCCGCAUCAUACAUGACAGGUUCCAUGUUUUCUCUGCCGCGUAUCCUUGCGUCCUCAUGAUUGCAAUACGCGCGAUGAUUCCUCGGAAUGGUGUCGACGCAUCCCGUCCCGUGCCGCCGCUCUGUUGUCUGCCUCGGUCCCUGUCGAGCAUCGAGCUGUCGAGCGUUUUUCUCCGAUGCGUUGCUUGGGCAAACAGACACGGUCAAGUUACCAUGCACAGAACGCUCCACACGUGAGAGCAUGGACUGAUGUAGCUGGACUUUCAAGAGGAACGUUGAUGCGUCUUCCGCGAGCCAAGGACGUUGUGUUGCUUUCCUGAGUUUAAACCCAGAGUCGACGUGUGAGGGGCGCGUAAACCCAGCAGCGCCUGCUUGCCCAAAUCGGUCGUCAAAUGAAAAAAAAAAUCCAAAUGGCGAAACCCGGUGAAUAAGUCAGCGACUGACUGAACCUGUUUCGCUGAAGUCGAAUCCAGGUGUAUGUGCACCCCCUGCGUUCCUUCGCAAUUUCUCACUGAAUGACCAUGCCACCAUUGCUCAAGAGAAUGAGGACCGCUUUGCUCGCGGGAUGGACAUCCACCUUGGCACUUUCCGCUAGGUCGUUUCAUCCGUAUGUGGUUCGCCGACGGUGUCUGGCUUCCUAGGAAAACGGUUUUAUGACCGUAUAUGCCUAUCAGGCUAGCUGUGUCUGAGUCCACGGGUGGUUUCCGCCUUCGGACCCGAAAAAUUGGUUGACGGUUUCGGUGAAGACCACCGCGAGAAUCAAGCUGUUUGGAUCACCGGAUAACUACCGUCUUUUUGCGCUUCGUGAAUUCGUGGUUCUCGCCUGGCAAGGCGAUAAGCCUGAAUGUUGAGCAGGGGAUCAGCUGUCGCUCCGGCGGCCCCCCGCCUGCCGAGGACUUGGUAUAACAAGCAAAAGGACAUCUCCAGCGAACCUCACGGCGUUGUUCUCUUUCGUUACACCGGAAGAUCGCGCUUACCAUUUCAACAUGGCUGAAGCAGCUCACCCCGUGCAGCCCAUGACGGAGCUGCCCCCCAUCAUUUCUCAGCGUCGUGAGCAGUUCCAGUCUUCUUUUUUAUCUGUUUCACACGAUUCUUCCAGGUUUCCUUCUCUGUGUUCCUCUUCUUCUGAUUCGCUCUGUAAUGGACUUCUCUCACCUUCAUCUGGCGCAUCUGUUCUGUCUCCAUCCCCUCGCAAUGGUUCCUCUGCCGUCGCCUCUUCUGUUCUCGCUGCUCCAAGUUGCAUGGCAUCGGAAGAAGCCCCCGAGAAAUGCAUACUCGCGGCGAAAGAAUGCGAUACCGACAGCAGAGCCGAUUUCGACACUCCCAUUCCCUCAGACCUCGUGCCCCUCUUGGCUGCAUUCAUCGAGGACGCUGAUACAUUCCUCGCAAUCGCAUUCACGUGCAGGGAAUGGAUGCAUGCGCUGGGCCUCGCGGUGCUGAAUCGAGAGUACCGGGACCAGCGGCAGGCGCUCUCUGUGUCUCUUCCUGCUGGGCACAAGUUGCAAGAGUCGUCUCCUGCAUCUCCCUUGUUCUCUUUCUUCAGUUUUCCUAACUACGAGGUGGACACCAGCGAAAGAAACCCAAAGGCAGUGCACCAGGGGAUGGUCAGGACGCCGACAGAUAUAGAGAAAAAGACGAGUUUUCCUCAGCCAGACGAUGGUAGUUUUGAUCAUGUGGCUCGGCCGCUGACUUACUGUUUUCUUUGCUCUUCCGCCGGGAGCUUUCCUUCUCCACAGUCAUGCCGUUUCUCUGCUGGCUCCUCUGCGUCUCCAUCUCCUUGUCGCACUUGCUGCAGUUCUUCGUUCCUUCGUUGUCCCUGUUCUUCGGUAGAGAAAUCAGUUUCUCGAUCUCUUCUUCCGAUUCACGCGAUGAGACACAUUUCCGCAAACGUCCUCCUUCUUCUUCCCUGCUUUUCCAACUUGCAGUCUCUUUCCCUUUCGGUCCAGGCCUUGUCGCCCUCUCUCAUUUUUCUGAUCUCCUCGGUGUGUCCCCAGCUCUCGGCUUUGACUCUUGAGACCCCGCGGCGUCUAACCUCCACUUCGAUUCUCUCUCUUUGUCAACAGAUUUCUCGCUUAAAAAGACUCGAACUCUGCACACCUCGAAAGGUCUCUCGUCUCCCUUCUUCUUCCUCUACUGUCUCUUCUCCUUCAGCCGUUGCUUCUUCUUCUUCUUCAGCUCGAGCUUCUCGCUCGUCUUCUUCCUGCUGCUCGCCUGAGAUUUUUGUGUCCGUCUCUUGCCAGACAGUGAGGCAGAAGCCGGCAGAAGUGGUGCCGCGCCUCGGCGCAGACACUCGACGGAGAGAAGGAAAUCAGGACGAGAAAGGUGGACGGGAGGAGACAUUUCCAGAUGAGAAGAGGCCUUUGAGCGGCAAGCACGAGCCGCAAACAAACCCUCUGUUUUUGUUCUUUCGGGCGAAGUCGCUCUCUCGCCAAACGGCGGGGAAGAACGGAGAUGCCAGCCGAAAGGAUCGCGGGAACUCAGCUGUUGAGCCAAGUCGAAGCAGCGAAGAAACGGUGGAGAAGCCGGGUGAGGCGGAAGGGCACCAACUCGAAGCAGCAGCUGAGACGAAGACGAAAGCACUGAGUGGAGAACCGCCACAGACGAGAAAAGCCGAGGCCAUCCACAGAAAAGACAACGAAGUGACAACGGAAGAUUCUCAGCAAAAUCUCGUGUACCGCCGUCGCGUUGUCCACCGCAUUUGGCGUCAUGAAAACCAAGAAGGCGGCUCAAAGCGAAAUCAAAGCGAGGUGGUUGGCGGCACUUCUGAGGGUCUUUCGUCUCCCAGCUCUUCUGCCGUUCCGCCCUCCUCAUAUCUUCCCUCGUCUUCUAGUUCUUCCUUUUCCUCCCGCUCUUCUCCUUCCCCCGAGUCUUCAUCUUGUUCCAUUUCUUUCUCCACCUCCCAGUUUUCUCGAGAGUAUCCGUUCGUCUCAUCUUCUCUCGCUGCUUCUCGGUCGGUGGCUUCGCCGGGCUCGCAUGGUCAGAGCGCCUCGGAUCAAGGCCGAGAACGACAGACCUCCUGCACCAUUCGCAGACUCGGCUUCUUCGAGUUUUGUGAGUUCUUCGUCGACCAAGGCGCCCACAGUGGUGGGCGGGAGGACCAAGUGGAAGGCGUAGUGCAUGUGCAGGCAGCGCAUGGAGCAGAAGGCGCUGAUGCCUCCAAUGCCUCGUUCGCGAAGAACGCGCAGCAAACGGCAGAGCGGACACAAGGGCGCCCUGAAUUCCUUUUCCCCUCCGUUUUCCACUUCGUAAAAGUGUCUCAAAAGCGGAGUUUCGAUGAGCAGCCAGCGGAUCGCGAUGUACCGGAGGUGGUCGGCAAUCAGAGCCUUCUGCAUGUCUCUGCUCCCGCAAAUCCGUUCGUGGAUCACUUUCAUCCCCCCCCGGACUUCCACCGUCGAGACGUCUCGUCUCAGUCGCUCGUCGCACAACCAGAAGGUCGUCGGGAAAGGCUUGUAACUCAACGCGGUCAUGCGAGAAGAAGAAGAUAA